AUGAGAGAGGAAGAUUCCACUUGGUUCGCUAAAUGGGAAGAAGAGCUUCCGUCACCGGAGGAGCUCAUACCGUUAUCUCAAUCUCUGAUCACUCCCGAUCUCGCCAUCGCCUUCGAUCUCCGAAGCCCGAACCACCGCAACAACGCAAGUCCCGGUCAAACCACGCCGCCACAAGCCAAUUCAUCCGCCGCAGAUUCCGCCGGAGACGAACAAGCCCGUACUCUGAAACGGCCGCGUUUAGUGUGGACGCCUCAGCUGCACAAGCGUUUCGUCGACGCGGUGGCUCAUCUCGGGAUCAAAAACGCCGUUCCCAAAACCAUCAUGCAGCUUAUGAGCGUCGAUGGCUUAACCAGAGAAAACGUCGCUAGCCAUUUGCAAAAAUACCGACUUUACCUCAACAGGAUGCAGUCCGGCGGCGGAGGAAACGUCGGUGUCUCUGAUCAUCUCUUCUCGAGCUCCCCUGUUCCUGCGCACUUCCUCCACCCGACAGCUAGACAAAGCUCCGACCAUUUCAUACCGUCUUUUGUCCCAAUGGCGACUUUGCAGCAGCAACCGCCUCAGUUUAUCCCCCACCGGCAAAUCGCCGCCGCGAAUUUCAUCUCUCCGACAAUGAAAGCGACGGACCAGUCGUUGUUCUUGGCAAGGCAGAGUCAGCAGCAACAAGUGCUCAUCAGACCAUCUUCAUUGCAUUUGCAUAGUCAAGUGGCUAAUUACGCCGGGGAUUUGGAAUCAGGAUCCAAAACAACGGUCUUGACUCUGUUUCCAACUCGAGACGAUUGA